UCAUGGCGGACACUUCCUAAUGGUUGAUUAGUAUUGGGACGGACCUCAUUACAAGACCAGAAGCUAAUGACUUAUCGGCCUCGGACAUGUGUUUCGAGUUCAUCCAUCCUCUGUAAACUGUAUCAUGGUCAACGAGUCCGAGACGAACAAGGUAGACUUCUUUGCUUACAACCAGUUCUCGGCUCGAGACCUGCCCGUUCCUCGAUUCGGCAAACCUCAGCUGAUUACGGGCGGUGUGAGCAAACCCGUGCGCAGUAUCGCCUGGAGUUGCGAUGGAAAGCGGUUGGCGACGGGUACAGAGUUCAAAGGGUUGAGGAUAUGGGAAACGCGGACGAGCAGUCCAUCGUCCUCUAGGCCGACACCUCACAACGGGCAUAUCGCUUCACUCGCAUUCUCACCUGUGGAUCCCAACAUCCUCGUCUCAGGAUGCAAAUCAUCGUCUGCUGGUGCAGUUGUAGCAGUCUGGGAUCUGACUUCCCCGAAAGAGGCCAUUGCGACGUUCAACAUCAGUGGGGAUGUCCUUCACCUAGCGUUUCAUCCAUCUGGGCAGCAUUUUGCAGUCGUGUGCCCGAGAAGUAAUCGAGACGAGGUGUUCUUCUACCAUCUGACGGAACGUGAUGGGACACAGGUGUGGGCGAUGCGAGAGGAUAUAGGCAUGGGCGGUCCGGGGGUGGAUAUUGGCUUUGAAGAGAUCAACUCGUUGCGCUUCAGCAAUAGUGGAAAACUCGUUUGUGCAGUCUCAAACGAUGGAUCGAUCAACGCCUGGGCGUAUCCCCAACGGCCGCGACAGCUCAAACUCGAUGAACCGCUGGACAAUGUCGGAGCCGGAAAGGGUGCAGCGGAGACACUAGGCUCGACUCCAAGAUCAGGAACACCAGAUAGGGAUGAAGGCGAAAAACCUCCAGCAGAGAACGAUGUGGAGAUGGCGGAUGACUCGGCUGCUCAAGCAGAUCCAGUAGAGGCAGACGGCAAGGCCAUGGCGCCUGUGCAAUUGGCCACCCUGUCGGCUCAAGAAAUUGAACAGGAGAAGAAGCGGGCGAGACAGCUCCAACGCCUGAGGCAUGCCGUGUGCCAUAGCGCAUCGUUGUUGGCUCUCGCUUUCGAUCCAUUAGGAAGAUUCCUUGCGGCUGGAGGUCAGGACGCACUCCUGAGUCUCCUCGAUACGCGUGAAUGGAUCUGUCAACGGACAUUCGAUGCUUGCACCGGAGCCAUUCGGCACCUCGCUUUCUCUCCGGACGGCGAAUUAAUAGCUAUUGGCGGGGACGACAAUUAUAUCGCAGUGGUAUCCAUCUUCUCGGGUCAGACCAUUGCCAAACUGCUCUUCUCUGGUGCCGUCAUGGCCCUGUGUUGGCAUCCGAAAAAGAAUUGGCUCGCUUGGAGUGUCACGGGCAAGUCGACCAUGCCGCAGUGGUAUGUGGCGUAUCAGGAGUGACAGGGGAUGUCUCAUGCAUAUUAUAACAAGGACAAGGUCUUCAG